AUGGAAUGUUAUUUCUCCUUAGCCUCUAUUAUUUUGUUAAUCCACUCUUUGCAGCAAGUAUCUGAGUUUGAUCUGUUUACACUGGAUGAUAUUGAUUCGGUGUUCCAAAGUAUUACCAGAUUGACCUAUUCUCAGAAUUAUUAUAUGUCUGGAAAUGGAGAAGGAAUAGUUAUUGCCCCCCAUGCAGCUGGUCACCUUUUAGGGGGGACAGUUUGGAAAAUAACCAAAGACGGGGAGGAUGUUAUUUAUGCUGUUGACUUUAAUCAUCGAAAAGAAAGACAUUUGAAUGGAACAGUUUUAGAGUCUUUUGUGCGCCCUGCAGUUCUGAUAACAGAUGCAUACAAUGCUUUACUGAGUAAUCAGCCUCCAAGACGUCAAAAGGACCAACAAUUUUUAGAGGUCAUCCUGAAGACGUUGAGAGCUGACGGAAAAGUAUUAAUUCCAUUGGAUACUGCUGGUCGUGUGUUAGAGCUCCUAUUGAUACUGGAACAGUAUUGGAACCAGGAAGAAGUGAUGUAUCCUAUCUUCUUCUUGACAUAUGUUUCAUCAAGCACGAUUGACUUUGCGAAGAGUUUACUUGAGUGGAUGAGUGACUCAGUUGCGAAAUCAUUCGAGAACACACGGGAUAAUGCCUUUUUCCUGAAUCAUGUAAAACUAUUGGUCGACAAGAGUGAGCUUGAAGCAUGUCCUGAUGGCCCAAAGGUUGUCUUAGCAUCCAUGGGAAGCUUAGAGGUUGGAUUUUCCCAUGAUAUUUUUGUUGAAUGGGCUGCUGACCCGAAGAACCUUGUACUUUUUACUGAGAGAGCCCAGUUUGGCACGUUAGCACGAAUGCUUCAGUCAGAUCCUCCUCCCAAAGCUGUUAAGGUUACCAUGUCUAAGAGAAUCCCAUUGGCCGGGGAGGAGUUGGCUGCUUAUGAGGAAGAACAAAACCGGAAAAGAAAAGAAGAAGCUCUUAAGGCUGCACUAAUCAAAGAGGAAGAAGCAAAAGCCUCGCUUGGUGCGGACCUUGCUGUAGUUGACCCCAUGAUACUUGAUGCUAACAUCAAUCAAGCUUCUUCAAAUGGUGCUGGUUCGCAACAUGGAGCAUUCAAGGAUGUUUUCAUUGAUGGAUUUGUUCCAUCAUCAUCUACUGCGGGCCCCAUGUUCCCCUUUUAUGAUGAUUCCUCCGAAUGGGAUGAUUUUGGCGAAGUCAUCAACCCUGAUGAUUAUACAAUCAAUGAUGAAGACAUGGGUCACGGAUCAAUGCCAGUUGACGGCCGUCUCAAUGGGAACCUUGAUGAAGCAGCUCCCAAUUUGAUACUUGAUACAACACCAUCGAAAGUAGUAUCUUCAGAGCAAACAGUCCAUGUCAAGUGUUCAUUGAUCUAUAUGGACUUUGAAGGCCGUUCUGAUGGCAGCUCAAUCAAGAAGAUUCUAGGCCAUGUUGCCCCUUUAAAGCUUGUCUUGGUGCAUGGAUCGGCAGAAGCCACUGAGCAUUUGAAGCAACACUGUUUGAAACAUGUUUGUCCGCAUGUAUAUGCUCCACAAAUUGAAGAAUCAAUUGAUGUCACAUCAGAUUUGUGCGCUUAUAAAGUUCAACUUUCUGAGAAAUUGAUGAGCAAUGUUCUGUUUAAAAAGCUCGGGGAUUACGAAAUAGCCUGGAUUGAUGCUGAAGUAGGAAAGACAGAAAAUGGCACACUAUCUUUGCUUCCCUUUUCAAAUCCUCCACCACCACCACAUAAGACAGUCUUGGUAGGGGACCUAAAAAUGGCCAAUUUCAAGCAAUACCUAGCAAGCAAGGGGAUCCAGGUGGAAUUUGCGGGUGGAGCCUUGCGUUGUGGUGAGUAUGUCACUAUAAGGAAAGUCGGAGAUUCGAGCCAAAAGGGUGGUGGCACCAUCCAACACAUCAUUCUUGAAGGUCCCUUGUCGGAAGAGUAUUAUAAUAUUCGCGAUCAUUUGUAUUCACAGUUUUACUCGCUUUAA